UUGAGCUGCCUGGCGCCAUCCUGAAAGAAUGCCUUCACUGUAAAAAAAAAACAGAGAGAGAGAGAGAGACAUACACACACUGGGACGGAGAGAGUUCAGAGAGAGCUAGAGAGAGUGGGUGAGAGAGCUAGAGAGAGAGCGAGAGAGAGAGAGAGGGAAGCGAAGUAAGCGGAGAGGGUUGCCGCUGCGCACAAACAGAGAUUUGAUCUGUGAGUUCGGUGCUAGUCAGUUUGCACUAAGCCACCUACUGCAAACAAGGCUGCGUCUAAACAUAUACCUCUGCAACUUGUUGAAUCGGCUUUAUAAUAUAGAAACUUUGUCAGGGAAAAGUUGAGGAACUUUUGAGUGGGACUGGAUACGACCUUGGACCUAUUUAUGACAACAUUCAAGUGAAACAUUAUUUUUUGAAUGUAUGUUUUGAACAAUUUUAUUUUAUUUAUUAUAUGGGCAAAUUCACCUUAAUGUGAAUCCCUGCCAAAUAAUCGCAUUUGAAUAGACUGAAAAUAACAGCAUAGGGGGAACAACGUCAUUUUUAAAUACAUUUUUAUUUUUCAUCUCCAGGUGAACGAAGGUAACGAAGAAAACUGUGGAUUAAACAAAGCAGGAAUUCGGACAGAUUUUUUUCUUACUUGACUUGAAUCGGUUAACUCCGGUGUAUAUGAACGUUUGCUAAAAAGCUAUGGAAGUAUCCGCGGACCAACCCCGAUGGAUGAGCCAUCACCACCCAUCGGUGCUAAACGAACAGCAUCCCGGCUCGCACCACCCGGGCCUCGGCCACUCGUACAUGGACCCCUCGCAGUAUCCCCUCGCCGACGAUGUGGAUGUACUGUUUAAUAUCGACUCACAGGGCAACCACGUAUCUCCAUACUAUGGGAACUCAGUCAGAGCCGUCCAGAGGUAUCCACCUCCUCCACAUAGUAGUCAGGUGUGUCGCCCCUCUCUACUGCACGGCUCUCUGCCUUGGCUGGACGGAAGCAAAGCAAUGCAGCACCACAGCACUUCCCCAUGGAACCUGAGUCCUUUCCAGAAGAGCUCACUGCACCACGGUUCCCCGGCAGGUCUCUCUGUCUACCCUUCGGCGUCCUCCUCCUCCCUGUCCGGGGGCCACUCCAGCCCGCACCUCUUCACCUUUCCCCCCACUCCUCCGAAAGACGUGUCCCCGGACCCAGGCAUCUCCACUCCGGGCUCAAGCAGCAACAGUCGCCAACAGGAGGAGAAAGAGUGCAUAAAGUACCAGGUGUCCCUGGCCGAGAGCAUGAAACUGGAGUCUCACAGCCGGAGCAUGGCCUCAAUCGGAGCGCAAUCCUCCGCACACCAUCAUCACCCCAUCGCCACAUACCCAUCCUAUGUCCCCGAAUACGGCCCAGGCCUCUUCCCACCAAGUAGCCUGAUAGGUGGGUCAUCUUCUAGUUAUGGUUCCAAAACAAGACCAAAAACAAGGUCAUGUUCAGAAGGUAGAGAGUGCGUUAACUGUGGAGCUACGUCGACCCCGCUCUGGAGGCGGGAUGGCACUGGUCACUAUUUGUGUAACGCCUGCGGACUCUAUCACAAGAUGAACGGGCAGAAUCGGCCCCUCAUCAAACCCAAGCGACGACUGUCUGCAGCAAGACGGGCAGGAACAUCAUGUGCAAACUGUCAAACGAGCACGACAACACUGUGGCGAAGAAACGCAAACGGGGACCCCGUGUGUAACGCUUGCGGUCUAUACUACAAACUGCACAAUAUCAACCGACCUCUCACUAUGAAGAAGGAGGGCAUUCAGACCAGGAACAGGAAGAUGUCCAGCAAGUCGAAGAAGAGCAAAAAGUCCCACGACAGCAUGGACGACUUCUCCAAGAGCCUGAUGGAGAAGAGCAGCUCGUUCAGCCCCGCCGCUCUGUCCCGCCACAUGUCCUCCUUCCCCCCCUUCUCACACUCCGGCCACAUGCUGUCCACCCCCACGCCCAUGCACCCCUCCUCCUUCGCCCCUCACCCCCACUCCAGUAUGGUCUCUGCCAUGGGCUAGAAGAGCCCAACGGUACCACCCACCUCCCAAAACCCCUCAAUCAACAACUAACCCCUCCCCCCCACCAUCCUCUUACCCCCAGUUCUCUUCGCUUACCUGAAUCCCAAGCUGAAAGACAACCAAACUGCUCCCUGCUGCCCGUAACCAACCGCUCUGCUCCAUCACCAAGCCUCCUAUGAUCUGACCUCGGUGUGAGGGAGACAGGCUUUAUGGGUCCUUGCAUUUGUUCAGUUGUCUCUUUUUUAAUCUUUAUCAAGUGUAUCUACUGGGAUCCUCAAAGCCUGGCAGACUGACUCACUGACUGUGGUUUUCCGACUCCUGGGAAGACCGUUGUUGUCCUCCGGCCUGGGAGAAAAAAAUCCUGAAGCUUCACCCACUCACUGACUGUGUCCUCCCAGCUGAUAACCCCCAAUCCGGAAUUCCAUGUGUGUGCAAAAAUGCAAUUUUUCAUGGAAAAGCAAAGAUGAUAAACAAACCUUCCCACCCUACUUCACACACCUGUAUGACAGCCCCCCCCCCCACCCCACCCCUGAGCCGUGAGAAGACGAGAGGAGAUGAACUUUGAAUAUAUUUGUACAAAUUGUAUGAAAUACAGUACAUUUAAUGAAGACUUUUUAAUUAAGUAAAAUGCCCCUGGGCAGCUAACGACAGAAGGGUACGAGUCAAGGCAAGAAGAGACACUGCCGCUGGAGAGUAGAGGAAGAGAGGACGCCUCUGCUUCCUGGAGAGAGGGAUGAGAGGGAGGAGAGGAAAGGACAGAGAAAAGGACAGGCCUUCACUUUCGCCUGCUGGAAAACGUGUUUGACUGCAUUAAGCUUCUAGAGAGUCUAUUGUUCUGACUGCAGGCGUCUCUUUUUUGGAUGUGCUAUAGGUCUCGGGCUGUUGGUUUGUGUUCACAUGCUAGCACAUACAAACACAUAUUCACAUAUCAUACUUUCACAUACACACACAAACACACACUGCCACAUUGGAUCACCUGAAAGACUUUCUUCCGGCCCACAGAUUAUAUGCAUUGUGAAAAAAGUUCCUGUAUUUGUUAUUUGUAUGUAUAAUUCAGAGUACCAAAAAUACGAAAGAAACAAAGAUGUAGAAUUAUUUCUUUAUGUUAUGCAGACUGAAUGGUUGUAAAAGUUGAAUAAUAAUCACUAGUGUAAAAAAUGACUGCUUUUUUGUUUCGUAAUUUUUUUUUUCUUUGAAAAGAAUAAACUAGUUUAAUCUCUGUUGACAUGUUA